UCUCUCCGCGGUGCAGGUCACUCCCUCCGUGCUGUCAGCAGCUCUCUGCGCGGUUCAAACUUACAGUCGCACCGAACCAGUCUUCUACUACCGUGCUUUAUGCAGGUUUCUGAGUUUUUAAGUAUCACGCUGUUUUUAGUAAUGUGUUAAAGUCUGUGGUACGGCGGCUCUCCACCGGGAGGAAUCACCGUGUUUUCUUCGCUUUUAGUUGAAAAGCAGCAGGGGGAAAUGUCCAGCUGAGGAUUGGAAAACCUGAAAACUGCAGGGCCUGCUUUUGUAAUGAUUGAUCAAUGCUUCGACAAUGGCGCUAAAGGCACAAGUUUUAUAUGACUUCACUGCUGAGCCUGGAAACAACGAGUUGACGGUGAAAGAAGGCGAGACAGUCACUAUCACCAAUCAGAAUAUUGGAGGCGGCUGGAUUGAAGCACAGAACUCUAGAGGGAAUGUUGGACUGGUGCCUGAAGACUACAUUGAGUUCGGUAACCCUUUUCCAUCAUUACCGGGAGCAGGAACCACUGCACUUACUCCAAGUGUAGGAAAUGUUGCACCUCCGGACCUGUCCAUCUUUGAUGCCUAUGCUCCCCCGUCAGUACCUGCACAAAACCAGGUGGAUGCUGGGGGCAUAAGUCCCCAGCCGGACACCCCAGACACCCCAGUUUCCCCCUACCUUUCGUCCCCUGAUGAGGCUAGUAACGGCAAUGAUCCCUGGUCUGUGUGGAACGCAGACCCCUCAGGGGGCUCCAACAACUGGGCGUCCAAUCCAGAGGGCACCCAGACUGAGAAGAGUGCCCGUGACCCCUGGGGCUCCGUAUCACAUGGCCACCCUCAGGCUUACCAGGGCCCAGGAGCAGAGGAUGAUGAGUGGGAUGAUGAGUGGGAUGACAUGAAGUCCGCUGGAGGUUACGCCGAGUCAGAAUCUGGAGACGGUGGAGCAAUACAGAGAGGAGGAGCUCAUGCGUCUUCAAUGAAAAUCUCCCUCAACAAGUUUCCUGGGUUCUCCAAGUCUGGUCCAGAGCUCUAUCUCCUAUGCAAGCAGCUUGCUAAGAGCAAAGAGAAGCUGUCAAUCUAUGUGGGAGAAGUUGGUCCCGUGUGGGCUUACCCUGAAACUCAGCUAGAUUGUGUGGUGGCUGAUCCCAAGAAAGGCUCAAAGAUGUACGGCCUCAAGAGUUACAUCGAGUACCAAAUCACACCCAACACCACAAACCGACCAGUCAAUCACAGAUACAAGCACUUUGAUUGGCUGUAUGAGAGGCUGCUAGACAAAUUCGGGUCAGCCAUCCCCAUCCCCUCUUUGCCGGACAAGCAGGUGACAGGGCGAUUUGAGGAAGAGUUUAUUAAGAUGCGUAUGGAGCGGUUGCAGGGCUGGAUGACCAGAAUGUGCAGGCACCCUGUGGUUUCCAGCAGUGAAGUGUUCCAGACUUUCCUCACCUACAAGGAUGAGAAGGACUGGAAGAUGGGGAAGAGAAAAGCAGAGAAAGACGAGACGGUGGGCGUGAUGAUCUUCACCACGAUAGAGCCUGAAGCUUCGGAUCUGGAUCUUGUGGAAGUGGAACAGAAAUGCGAGCAGUUCAGCAAGUUUACCAAAGCCAUGGAUGACGGGGUAAAGGAAAUCCUCACAGUGGGCAAUGAGCACUGGAAGAGAUGUACAGGCCCUUUGCCAAAAGAGUACCAGAGGAUCGGCAAAGCCUUCCAAAACCUCUCCUCUGUCUUCACCAGCAGCGGGUACCAAGGCGAGUCAACCCUGACUGAUGCCAUGACAGCAGCAGGCAAGACAUAUGAGGAGAUAGCUCAGAUGGUGGCAGAGCAGCCAAAGAAAGACCUCCACUUCGUCAUGGAGACCAACAAUGAAUAUAAAGGUCUUCUGGGAUGCUUCCCAGACACCAUCGGAGUCCAUAAGGCUGCCAUAGACAAGGUGAAGGAGGCCGACAAGCUGGUGGCCACCAGUAAAAUUACCCCUCAGGACAAAGUCACCAUGGCUAAACGAGUCAGCACCAUGUCUUACUCAUUACAAGCUGAGAUGAACCAUUUCCAUAGCAACCGUAUCUAUGACUACAACAGGGUCAUGCAGUUGUACUUGGAAGAGCAAGUCAAGUUUUACGAGACGAUUGCUGCAAAACUGAGACAAGCACACAGUCAGUUCACUACAAUGUGAAAGCAACGGCCUUCAGUCUCGCACUACAAGACAGGAGUUAAACCAGCUCAACAGCCAAAAUAUUCUUGCUUAUUCCGCAUUCUUUUCCCUCCCUUUAAUUUAAUUUUCACUUCUCUCUUUCUCCCACUCUUACCUCAUCCCUUCCUUUACUGCUCAUGCCAGUAGUCCCAGAUCAUGGUGUUACUUUCAUGUGCUGUUCUCAGAAGUGUUUAAACAUUUAAUAAGCAUGUGCAGCUGCUGAAAGUCUUUGACAUCAGUGGGUUUAUUUGCAGGCCCAGCAUUGAUAGCAAAACAAGACGCACUAUUUACACACGCCCUUUCCUCUGUCCAAGGUCCGCAGCGAAUGAGACAGGAAGUAAACAUCCAAGUCACAGUUUGUGGUCAUAAAUUGUUACAUUGCUUGAGUUGAUCUCCAGAGUUUUGUGAUGCUAAGCUACGUUUUGUACGACACGCCUGUGCUCACAUUUUAUCUACCUAUUUUAAAGCAAUACUCAAUAUGCAUGUUUUCAUUCAUUUGUAAAGAAAAAUGGUAAAGGAAAGGAUUUACACGUGUUGUAAAAGAUCUGUCUGCACAGUGAUGUAGUGACACCAAAAACCAAAGCUAACCUCCCUCUGUCAACAGGGACAGCAGGGGGUAGAUUUUUUUAACGUGGCAUUGUACCGUUAUCUCAUAUUUGAGUGAGUCCUUACAUCUUCUUUGAAAGCAGUGGAGAGAAUCCAAGCUUUAGCAGAGUUUGCAAAGGCAGAGUGUCUUCUGUGGGUCCAGGGCUGGCAUUCCCUAGCCCCCUUUCAUUCAGCACUUCCUCAAAAGCUAACAGGAAGCUCCACCUCCUUCCUGUCUUGCCCACGUGCCUUGCAAAAAAUAGAAAUGGUCGACUUAAUAGUUGCCCCCGAGCCUUCGUUCCGUGACGCUGCAGUUUACAUUUCAGGAGUCAAAAUGUGGGAUAAAGGAUACUCAAGUUGGGGUUCAUUAUAUUAAGAGAUUAAAGCCAAAAGUCAGUGAAUUAAUACCUCCCUGCAGGCGGUGCCAAACUUGAUUUCUCUCUCCCAGUAGUCUUGAAAGAAUAUGCGUCCUUUGUUGACUAGAUCAUGGUGUUUUAAAUGAAGGCGUGACUGCAGUGUUAACUGUAAGAAACUAUACUAUAGGAAGAGUUUGGGAUGGAGCCAUUGAUUAUGUCAUGUAUGCAAUUUUGCUUUUGCUUUUCACAGCCCAGUUUUCAAUCAGUCUCUAAUCUUGUUCACUCUUUGUUUUUCUUAUCACUUCAUACAUGGGAAAAAAAAAAAAAAAAA